AUCACUUCUCAUUCUGCCAUAGCUCUAUACAGCAGAGGGUAGGAAACAUGGAUGAGUUUAACCCGGGGAACGGGACGUACGGAAAUUGCUUAGCACCAUUCACAGCCGUAGAUAUCUUCUACUUCUGUUUGUGCAGCGCCUGCGGAUUACUGGCGAUUCUACUUAAUAGUAUUAUCAUUUUUACUAUUUCAAAAAGUCACAGCUUACGACAAAACCCAUCACACUACGUCUUAUGGUCUCUCUGCGUAGCCGACCUAACAGUGGGGCUAGUAUUGAGCCCUGUGUUAUCCCAUAUUUACGCGUCUUGUCAGUACACUAGCGCCGACGACAUUUUUUUCAUUCAAAACAUGGUUAGCACGACGUUUAGCAUGUCCGCCGUGACUCUAGACCGGUAUGCUUACAUACGCUGGCCUCUGAAGUACGAGUUGUACGCUACGAACUCGAGAUACUGGUGCGCCAUUUUCAUGGUUUGGGUCUCAUCAGCGGCGUUUGCGAUGCCCGUGUUGUUUCUGAGUGAAGACGAUAUAGUGGUGCUGUGGCUUACUGUCACAUCAACGACCCUCAUACUUCCAUUCAGCAUUAUUAUGGUUAGCUAUGCUCACAUCGUCGCUAUCUCAAGAAACCGUAUAAGCGUAACUUAUAAUGCUUGUUCUACGGAAGGUCAAAACCGAUUGCAAAGUUCCUUAAGAAAUAGCAAGGCCGCAAAGACUUUCGCUAUUAUUGCCGGUACGUUCUUGUUAACAUUUGGACCCAACUGCGUCCUUAGUAUAUAUACAUAUCUUACAAAUACGGAAGAGGACCUGGAAAAUCUAUGGCUUUGGUUAACUCUUUUGAUAUUCAUUAGCGCAAUUGCGAAUCCUUUGAUAUACACCAUGAGAAACCGAGAGUUAAGGCGAGCAGUGAAAAGGAUAAUGAGGCUACCUUGAUAAUCCGACGAUGACCAAGUGAACAGAAGAACUAAGCUCUUGUUAGUAUGCCAUAAAACGGGGAGAAUGCUAUAAAAAUAUGGCAUGUAAAGCAUACCUGAAAUCCCUCUAAAUAUACAUCACAAAGAUUUAUAAGAAAACUUUAGAAAUGGGCUUUUUAUGUUACGUAGUCACAAAAAUAUUUUAAAAAAUCGCAUUGAAAAUUGCAUUUUGUUGGACAUUGGGGAUAAUACGAGCAUGGGGUUUACGAGAAGAGGAAAAUUUGAUUAAAAAAACAAAACAAAAAACAAUGCAUCUCACAAACACUACGUAGAAUACACGGGGCUAAAGCAAUACAUGGGGGUUGUAAGCAAAGGAGAAUAUGAUAAAAAAAAAACCACUUAAAAAACGCUACGUAGAAUACGAUAAUAAUGCACUGGAUCUUUAGAGUAAUAAAAAAAGGGUUAAAAACACCAUGUAAAUUUGUUAACAAAAUAUAUGGAGUAAGAGCAGAAACCAGC